AUGGGUCUCAGGUAUGUCCCUCCCCCCUCCGCCUGCCCCCAGAACCAGGCCCCCGCUCACCCCUCCCCUGGCCACAGUGUCUCACGGCUAUUCACCGGCUUGUUCGGCCGGAAGGAAAUGGUGCGUCCCGCCCCCCCCCGCCUCGGCCUCUGCGGCUCGCUGACUGCCCUCCUCCCCCAGCGAAUCCUCAUGGUCGGUCUCGAUGCAGCCGGUAAGACGACGAUCCUCUACAAGUUGAAGCUCGGCGAAAUCGUGACGACCAUCCCCACGAUCGGAUUCAACGUCGAGACUGUCGAGUACAAAAACAUCUCAUUUACCGUCUGGGAUGUCGGAGGACAAGACAAGAUCCGACCGCUUUGGAGACAUUACUUCCAAAACACCCAAGGAAUCAUCUUCGUGGUUGAUUCGAACGAUCGUGAGCGUGUAUCAGAGGCCAGAGAGGAGUUGCAACGCAUGCUCAACGAGGACGAAUUACGCGAUGCGCUCUUGCUCGUGCUUGCCAACAAGCAAGAUUUGCCGAAUGCGAUGAACGCGGCUGAGAUCACCGACAAGCUCGGCUUGCACUCGCUCCGCUCGAGAACUUGGUAUAUCCAAGCCACCUGCGCCACCUCGGGCGACGGCUUAUACGAAGGCUUAGAUUGGCUCUCCGGUAAUCUCAAGCGCAAGUCUUGA